UAAUUUAAACAUUUUGAAAGACAGACGUGUGUUGCUAAUAUUUUUAUUUAAAACAGUUAUCGUAAUAAUCAAAAGAAAAUCGUAUUCACAGUGAUUUCGGAAAAAAACAAUAAAUAAAUAUUUAUGUCUUAAAAAUACUAUUAAUAUUAAAAUUAAGUGCCAAUAACACGUUAUUAAUAAAUCAAUAUUAUGUUUAGGAAUACUAAAUAAUUGUUAUAAUGUGUUAAUUCGCAAAAAUAAUAUCAUAAUACAGCAAUAAAAUAACGAGAGUGUCAUAAAUAACAUAACAGGUCCCAAUAAAUAAAAAUAAUAACUAAUAUCAAUAAAUAACAGGUCGAGAACUAUCGAAUAAAAAAAAAUUACGUUUUUUUAAUAAAAUGUCAAGUUUAAGUUUCGAACGAGCGGGAAUUAGUUCGAUAUUUGAAAAAGUGUUGAAGAUAGUGAGGUGACUAUGACGUGGACUAAAGAGCUAGACGAGGCCGCGGUACUGGCCACAAAGACUGGCCAUUGGCAUGUGGUGCUGUUCUAUUUACUCUGUGGACUGGCGGCCAUACCUACUUCAUUCCUAGUAUUUUCUCAGGUCUUUACAAAUGCAACACCAGAACAUUGGUGCGCCCCACCACCAGAACUGGAUCACCUAGGAUUACCAGACCAGCUGCUUCGCUCCCUAACAAUACCAGGAGAGCAGGGAACGUACGAGUCAUGCACAGCGUACGAUAUAGACCGCAAGGAGUUACGAGAAGCGCUCGGAGAUUUCAUCGUCGAAAGGACAGUGACGACUAAGGAAGGCAAUGCUUUCCAUACACUGCAGAUAUAUCAGCUGGUCUCUGUUAGCGAUGAACGCCAGAAAGAAUUGAUAUCAAACGUCACCAGCGCGGUGCUCUCAGUGAGGAGGAACACUACAUCACCAUGUGCCAAUGGCUGGCGGUUCAGCACGGAACAGUACCAGGAUACCCUCGUCACUGAUUUCUCCCUAGUCUGCGACAUGGACUGGCUUCCAAGAAUGUGCAACACUCUGUUUUGGGUGGGAUCCAUCUUUGGGAACCUCUUCUUUGGAUGGAUGUCGGAUAGAUACGGCCGUCGCCCCACAAUCCUACUGAUGGUAUUCCUGGAAGUUCCUCUGGCAAUAGCAUCAUCAUUCGCGACGUCGUUCUGGACAUAUGUAGGGCUGAGAGUGGCUGGUGGACUGUUCUUCCCAGCUCUGUACCAGCUGCCGUUUAUAUUGGCACUGGAGCUGAUGCCGCCUGGACAGAGGAAUCAUACAGGUAUUGUGGUAGGCAUGCUGUUUGCCAGCGGCAUGUGUCUGCUAUCACUCCUGGCGUACGCUGUGCAGGACUGGUACCACCUGUCUUUAGUCACUACGUUACCUUUCAUACUCCUUUACGGAUAUUAUUGGCUAAUACCAGAAUCUCCAAGAUGGUUAGUCGGCAGAGGCCGAAUAGCUGACGCUGAGAAAGUCCUCAGGAAUCUCGCCAGGAAAAAUGGCAUCAUAUUAGAAAGAGGAUUUUUGUUAGAAUUACACAAAAAAAUAAAAGAGGAAGAAGAAGAAAUGCAAGAAGAACUAGCAACAAUGUCCAACAUGAACGGACACAUCGCUGGGUACACAGAAGUACCAGAGAAAGACGAAGCUCUAGACAGAAGAAUAAGUAACAUGCUGACAUUCAAACCAGACUUAACAAGAAUAUCAGAAACAGACGAAGCCAACAAGAGCAAUUUAGAAAAGAUAAUAGCACUAGAAGUAGCAGAAAUCGUGAAUAAGAAGUCAAGAUUAAAGAGAGAAGAGAAAGAAGAAGAUAAGGACCCAAAUGCGACUGAAACUACAAAUCUGAAUGCGGACCAUCAGCAGAAAGCGACACAGACUGAGUUUACCAAAUCACCAGCGAGUACUUUACGAAGAAAGUCUAUACAGUUAGUCAGUAAGAUAUUUAUACAAGGGGACGUUGAGGAUGUAAUAGAGAACAAACGAAUGGAUGAUCAGAAUUCUGAAGGAGACUGUAAGGCGUCUCCGCUGGAUGUGUUUCGGUAUCCGAACAUACGGAAGAAGUUCUUCAUACUGACGUUUGAUUGGGUCGCGCUUGGAGUUGUGUAUAACAGUAUGAGUUACAAUACUCCCAAUUUGGGCGUUAACGACUAUUUGGCUUUUUUCAUUGGUGGUGCCGUAGAGAUCCCAUCGUACUUCAUAGCGUGGCGCUGCAUGGAGCGGUUCGGCCGCCGCUGGGUGCUCUGUAUCUUCAUGUGUGUCGGGGGUGUCGCUUGCAUCAGCUGCGUCCUUGUGCCUGAAUCGUGGCCAUGGAUAACAGUAUCCCUCUCGAUGCUGGGACGUCUAUUCGCCGCGUCAUCAUUCGCUGUAUUCUACGUCCUGAUCGGAGAGUUACUACCAACAGUGCUGAGAGCCCAGGCCAUGGGAGCUGCGUCAUUUAUAUCUGGAUUGGGGUUACUAGCCUGCCCAUAUAUUGUGCACUUGGCUGUAUACUCCAGAGCCUUGCCGCUUACAAUAAUGGGAGUGUUGAGUGUGAUGGGAGGCGUCACCUCCCUGUUCCUGCCAGAAACCUUGAACCAGCCACUGCCGCAGACCCUGGGAGAUGGCGAGACCUUCGGAAGAGACUUCAAAAUAUUCAGCUGUGUGGAAAGACCGAGGGAAAAGUGAUGUGUCAAGUUUGUGAACUUUUGGUGCAGAAAAUGAUACAACGACGUCACAAAUUGCAAAUGUAUAUACGUAUAUGUAGAUGGAUGAAGAUAUCGUCUUGGUUGUUUAUUUUACUAUAAAAUGAAUUUCUGUUUGUUGGUCUCGCUUAAGUCAAAAAUAGGUGGACCGAUUUGGCUAAUUUUGUUCUUGAAUCAUUUAGGGAACGUUUAAAAAGUGAAAAAAAUUUUUUAGAGUUAAGACGAAAAUUGCCAGGUCGACUAGUUUUGAAUAAUUCAGUUUAUUUAACAGUGGUAUAGUUCUUACAAAUUGUGUUCGCUUUCUUUUAUAAAAACUGUUUUUGCAAGAACCUUAAUUAACACACUUCAAUUAAAGUAGAAAAACUGAAAUGAAAUCGAAAUAUAGAGAAAAGCAUGAGCUAAGCAAAUAUUGUUAACAUAAAGAAAAUAGACACAUACGACGAUAAAAUGGUUUAUACAAAUAUAAAUCUUAACAAUGUAAUAAUAUAAGAAGUGUAAAUAACACAACAAGAAAUUGAAGUCACAAAGUUUAAUAAGAAAUACACACAAACUCUCACACAGCUAAGAAUUCACGUCACAAUUGUUUAGAACUUUAAAUUUAAAUGUGUUACUUUAGAUAAAGUGUGUGUUCGUAGGAUAUUGAAUGUAAACUAAACUAUAAAUAUAAGGCACAAGUACAAAAGCGAAAUAUGUAAAUAACAUAAACUUGUAAAUAUUAAAACUAAUUUUAUAUCGUA